AUGUCAACUAUGAGUAGAUCUCGGACGAGUCUCUCGCCUGCAACAUCUGAGAGAUCAACUCUACCUAUGGGAGCAUCUGCCGAACCUGGCAGUCCAGAAUUUAAGCCCCUAGAACCGACAAGGGAGCAACUGCUUGCACAUUUCUUCGAGCGAUUUAAAUUUUACACUUCGCUCUGCCUUGGUACUUCUGCCAUACUCGCUGUAUUUGCAUUUCUUUUUUUAAUACCAUUCGUCGUAGAACCUGCAAUACAAACGAUUUUAGCAGAGUUUGCCCCAGAAGCUGGUAUAUGUGCUGUGUCAGAACAUGUGUACGCUCAAACACUCACUAACUGUACGUGGGCAUCUUGUCGUGAAGGAUGUACAACAACUCCCACGAAAUGCCAUAAAAUCCGCGUCAAUCUCGCAAGGCGGCCAUUUACAGAAGAUGCUCCUAUUCCAAAAGAAUGGGAUGAAACAGAUCUAAAGUUUUUGAUAAACCCAGAAGGAUGUGGUUACCCACCUAGAGUAAAUUGUUCCGAAUUUGCAAUUGAUUAUGCUGGAAAAAAAGCUCCUAAGGUUUUUCCUUGCUACUACAGCAUGACUCGACCAGAACUAGUCGUAGCGAGAUAUUCCUGGGAUACAACUAUUCGUGGUUUGGUACUGGCUUUGGUGUUACCAACAACGGUCUUCGUCUUCAGUUUAAGUGUACUCGCAUACUGGCAUUGCCAUUGCUGUGACAGGGCUUGUAAUAGACGAGUACAUGCCGAAUCUUUUGCGAGCAAAGAAGAUAGCAAAUUACUAUGUGAAUUGGAUGAAGAUCCCAGCGACGACGUGUUC